AUGUCCUACAGCGCAUCACAGUUUGAGGACAUCACUGUUGCGAUACACCGCAAAAAUGGCAAGAAAAUCCCAAAAGACCAGGAGGCAUUACUUGAAAAAGACUCAUCAUGGAUACAUCUAUUGAGAACAAGACCUCAUGGCGUGGCCAAUGUGCCUGACCACGUGCUUCAGACAGUAACGACAGCACAUGAAGCACGUUUCAGGCAGACGACCAGCCACGCUGUACAGCCCGUCGAGCAUGCGACACCUGUAAUGGCAGAGUCUUCACAGUCUUGCAGUACGCCUGAAUCCUCUCCCGAGCGGCACCUCUCCAGUUGGCCGGCAUCACCAGAUGAGCGUCGCCCUGAGCAGUACGAGAAGCCCGAAUCAUCGCUUGUUGAAGAGACGCCCCACCCUCAGCAUGCUCGAGCCGCAUACCGAAGAGCAGCAUUGGAUUGGAAGAGGGCCCCUUGCCCAGCAGUCAUGUCAAGCCUUGAAGAGGAAGAGGAAAUGGACGUGCGACUGCCAUGCGGCGAAGAUGACGAAGAUGAACAGCGAGGGGAUGCGGCUGAGGAUCACGACGAGGCUCCUCGCCGAUACUCCAAUCACCAAUUACAAAAAUCUACUCUGCAGGUUACAAACACGCCACCAUGCGCACAGCCAGACGAUAUCGUCAUUCCAGCAACAGUCAUUGCAGGGAAAGUGGCACGGGCUGGCCAUGAUGCAAGGCAACGGCCAGUCAAACGAUUUAAGCCGAUAGACUUCAAUAGCCCGAUCAAGCUCAGGGAGGGAGGCAUGGUCACAAGGAGCGGCCGCAUGCAGUCGUUGAAGCAUCUGGAGGUUACAGAGACACAAGAGACGACCGUGUCCAGCUCCAUUGUGCCUGCGACUCUCACACAGACACAAACCCAAAAUGUCACAAACGCAGCAGAAAAGAUUGCUCAAGAUGCACCAGCAGAGACAAGUGACAGUGAAAGCUCGGCUUCCGUAGCCCAAGAAGCACCCUCGUUGUCGGCUGAGCCUUUGAGCGUAAAAUCACAUUUGUCGGGCAACGACGAGGGCGUGGAAGAUGGUCGAAAUCAUGCGUCGACGCCUCUAGAUGAAUUCGCCGCCGCAUACCCAGACUAUUACGAGUUGUACAACGGAACGCAGGGCAACUUUGUCAAGGCCUGCCUCUGUUUGGAACACCUGCGAGCCGAGCGCUGCCUGCGAGACUACCUAUACGACGAGUUUAUUCGCCUGUUUACGUACAAAUAUCUAGACUACGUUGAGAACGCGAGGCCGGACCAGGAGCCGCUGCCGGCCGUUGAGUGGUUCAAUAUUCAAAAGGGCCAGCCACUGUACCUCGGACAAAUCAUUAACAACGACAAUCUCAAUCAUGUGUUGGAAUUUUACGAGGAGGAAGUUGCAGCGAUCCGCAGUCUCAUGGUGCAAAGUUGCGAGGUUGAGACGACAGAAAGUGCGGCGUCGCCAAGGACGACAGAGUCGGAUACAGCAUCGCCAACGCCACUACCAGAAGCAGCACAGGAUGUGAUGGAGGUCGACACCGUCGCGCCAGAAACAGAGAUUGAUGCAGAUGGUGUGGUGAGUCGUAGAGUGCCGGCGCGGGACGAUGUUACGCAUCAACGGCUCAUCUCUGAGCAUGAGCCUAUCUUUUCUAGCAACGCUUUGGUUGAGAGGAAUGUCGUCUCGACGCCGAAAAGAGCCGCUUCUGUGACAAGUUUUGCGACCAGCCCACAAGCAGCGUCGCCGCAACUGGGUAGCAGGAUCUUUUCGACCAUUCCGCCGUCGUCGGCAAGGUCCAAUGCGCCCGUGGGCACACAAUAUAGGCAGCAGCUUAUUACGAUGCAAGCGCCUGCGGGCGAGGAGGAGAAGCGCCUGCGGAGGGAGAGGAUACGCGCGCUCGUGCGGAACAGAGCCUCGAACAGCGCUCGUAGUGUGAGCAGCAAAGCAGGUUCUGUUGUCUAG